AUGGGACUUUUUGACUCUUUAGUAUCAUGGUAUUAUGGUGUACCAACUGAGCAACAACAACAGGCCCAGCAAACAGGCCAACCAAGUGCACCACCACAAUUUAAAAAAGAGGCAUCUUUUUAUCCAUUAAGCAUGGUUCCUAAAAAUGAUCCAAAGAGAAUUCAAAGAGAAAAAGAAUUAUUGGGUAAUCCAGAUAAAUUAAAAGAAGAGCCAUUGCUUUUAACUUAUUCCGAAGAGGAUUCUGUUCAAAUUUUUAUGACUGGAAUUGUAUUAUUCUACUUAAUUGAAAUGGAAAUCAAUAGAGUUUAUUAUACCCAAGCUGGAAUUAAACUUCAAAGAUUAGAUGAAGUUAAAGUUAAAUAUGGUGAUAACGAUUAUUUUGAUAUCGAUUUAAAUUCAUACCCAAAUAUUAAAAGAAAAAUGUCAUUUGAAAAUUUAAAUGAUGCCACUACAACUCUAAUGGAAAAUGAAAAGCUAGAAAAGGAACGUAUUGAAAAAGAACGAUUGGAAAAAGAAUUGGCAGAAAAACAACAAAAGGAAAUUAAGGAAAAAGCAGAAAAGGACCGUCUUGAAAAAGAAAGACUUGAAAAAGAACGUCUCGAAAAGGAAAAAGCAGAAAAGGACCGUCUCGAAAAAGAAAAAGCACAAAAAGAGGCCAAAGAAAAAGCAGAAAAGGACCGUCUUGAAAAAGAAAAAUUAGAAAAAGAGCGUCUCGAAAAGGAAAGAUCAGAGAAAGAGGCCAAAGAAAAGGCAGAAAAGGAACGUAUUGAAAAGGAAAGACUUGAAAAACAAAGAUUAGAAAAGGAAAGAUUAGAAAAAGAGGCUAAAGAAAAACAAGAAAAAGAUCGUAUUGAAAAGGAAAGACUUGAAAAACAAAGAUUAGAAAAAGAGGCCAAAGAAAAAGCAGAAAAAGAACGUAUCGAAAAGGAAAAACAAGAAAAAGAGGCCAAAGAAAAACAAGAAAAAGAACGUAUUGAGAAGGAAAGACUUGAAAAAGAAAGAUUAGAAAAGGAAAGAUUAGAAAAAGAACGUCUCGAAAAAGAAAGAUUACAAAAAGAGGCCAAAGAAAAAGCAGAAAAGGAAAAGCUUGAAAAAGAAAGACUUGAAAAAGAAAAAGCAGAAAAAGAACGUAUUGAAAAGGAAAAACUUGAAAAACAAAGAUUAGAAAAGGAAAGAUUAGAAAAAGAGGCCAAAGAAAAAGCAGAAAAAGAACGUAUCGAAAAGGAAAAGCAAGAAAAAGAACGUAUCGAAAAGGAAAGACUUGAAAAAGAGCGUUUGGAAAAAGAAAGACUUGAAAAAGAACGUAUUGAAAAACAAAGACUUGAAAAAGAGCGUUUAGAAAAAGAAAGAUUAGAAAAAGAGGCCAAAGAAAAAGCAGAAAAGGAAAGACUUGAAAAGGAACGUCUUGAAAGGGAAAAACUCGAAAAAGAAAAACUCGAAAAAGAACGUCUUGAAAAAGAGGCCAAAGAAAAAGCAGAAAAGGAAAGACUUGAAAAAGAACGUCUUGAAAAAGAAGCCAAAGAAAAACUCGAAAAAGAACGUUUGGAAAAAGAAAGAUUAGAAAAAGAAAAGCAAGAAAAGGAACGUGUUGAAAAAGAAAAACUUGAAAGAGAAAAAGCACAAAAAGAAAAAGAAGAAAAAGAACGUAUUGAAAAAGAAAGAUUACAAAAGGAAGCUAAAGAAAAAGCUGAAAAAGAACGUAUUGAAAAAGAAAAAGCAGAAAAGCAAGAAAAAGAAAUAAAAAGAAAGAGAGAUCAACAAGAAGACGGUAAUAAAGCAAGUCAUAAAAAAUUACAACAUUUAACAUUAGAAAGACCAGGUCAAAAGGGUCGUAAGAAACCAACUAAAAGACUUUCAGAGCAUCCAGCAAUCAAAGAAGUUAUUUCAUAUUCAAAAUCAAACGAUGAAGAUGAACAAUCAACAUCAUCAGUCUCAAAUAAUGCACCAAAACCAUCUGUUUCACCAAAUAAAUUUGGUGGUGUUCCAAUGAUGCCAAUGGGUAUGGGUGGAUUUGACCCAUCCUCCGUAAAAUUAAAAAAGGCUGCUCCAAGACCACCACCAAGUGGCGGUGUACCAGUCAUGAUUCCAGAGGGUAUCGAUUUAGCAGCAGUUAAAUUAAAAAAAGCUCCAGGCUCAGUUAACACUGGCAAAUAG